AUGGCCGCGUACACGUUACCGGAGGGGUUCGCGGAGUUUGACAUGUUUUUGUUCGGUACCGCGCUGCUGGUGGGAGGAGUGGUGGGCUUCAUCCUCAACACCAUCUCGGUCUUGUCCUUCGUGUCGGUGAAGCAGAUGUGGACGCCCAGUAACUUCUUUGUGUUUAACUUGGCUCUGGCUGAUCUUAGUCUGAACAUCAAUGGCCUCACAGCGGCCUACGCCUCCUACAUCAGGUACUGGCCGUUCGGAGCAGAAGGAUGCAGGAUGCACGGGUUCCAGGGGAUGAUCUCAGUCCUCGCCUCCAUCAGCUUCAUGGCGGCCAUCGCCUGGGACCGCUACCACGUCUACUGCACACGGCAGAAGCUGUUCUGGAGCACCACGGUGACCAUGUGUGCUCUGGUGUGGAUCCUGUCGGUGGCCUGGGCCGCGGUGCCUCUGUUUGGAUGGGGAGUGUACGACUUUGAACCAAUGAAGACCUGCUGUACCCUGGACUACAGCAAGGGGGACCGAGACUACAUCACGUACAUGCUGAGUCUGGUGGUGCUGUACCUGGCCUUCCCCUCAGUCACCAUGCUCUCCUGCUACGACUCCAUCUUCAAGUACUUCAAGAAGAUCCACAACCAGAAGUUCAACACGUCGCUGCCUCUGCAGACCAUGCUGCUCUGCUGGGGGCCGUACGUCCUCAUGUGUGUCAUCGCCUGCUUCACCGAUGUCACCGUCAUCUCACCCAAGAUGCGCAUGGCUCUCCCGGUCAUCGCCAAAACCAACCCCAUCUUCAACGCUCUGCUCUACUCUUUCAACAACGAGUUUUACCGUCCGGGAGUUUGGAACUUCCUGACGGGACAGAAGAUCACGGAGCCACUGGAGCCCAAGAAAGGCAAAUGA